AUGACAGUGUUUGGUAUUUUAAAACACCUUGUUCCUUUCUUCCUAAACAGAAGAAUUCCAAUACUUCCUAGCAAUCCAAAGAGGAGAAUAACAACUAUCCUGUUUUUCAAUAAAAAGGUCCCUGUUCUUCAAAAAAAGGCCUCAAUAGUUCUUACUUACCGAACCUUCCAAAGAAGAAAAUGUCAUCCCAAAGAUUCUCACGAAAUUGAAGAGGUGAAUAUGUCUGAAAUUUUGGCCUCAGGAAAUGGUCGUAUGGUGGGCAUUAAAUUCCAUUGGCAUUUAACUUGUCGAUGUGGACAUCAGUUUUCUUCCUCAUUAUGCAAUGCUGACUUAAAAGUAAAAACUAAAAAAAUAGUUCUAGUGAGAAAAUAUCAUUUGCAAUGCUUAAAAUGUGAUCAAAGUGCUCGAUUUGAUAGGGAAAAAUUAUUGACUAAAUUUCUUAAAGAAAGAGUUAAACAGAGAUUGAUUUAUAGUUUUUAUAGGGAAGAAUUUGCUCAGUUUGCCGGUGAGCGUAGUGGAAGAAUGUUGAAGGGUCAUAGACAAGACCUUUGUGAAAAAU